UCUUGCCUGCGGGAUGAUGGACAGCAGGAUACUGGAUGCACCGCACGCCCAGUUCGGAGGCUCUCUCGGCGGGAUGGUGGGCUUCCCGUACCACCUGAGCCACCAUCACGUCUACGAAUUAGCGGGGCAUCAACUUCAAUCCGCGUCCGCGGUUCCCUUCUCAAUAGACGGAUUACUUAACGGCUCGUGCGCGGCGUCGGUGGGUAAUUCCAACCCGCUCUUGUCUUCGGGCUGCGGGCUGAAUGGACUGAAUGGAGACAAUCAGCAGUACAAACUGACAGACUCGGGGGACCCAGACAAAGACAGCCCCGGCUGCAAGAGGAGAAGAACACGCACGAAUUUCACUGGUUGGCAGCUGGAGGAGCUAGAAAAGGCUUUUAAUGAGAGCCACUACCCGGACGUGUUCAUGAGGGAGGCUCUGGCCCUCCGGCUGGACCUGAUAGAGUCCAGGGUCCAGGUCUGGUUUCAGAACCGCAGAGCCAAAUGGCGGAAAAAGGAGAACACCAAGAAGGGUCCGGGUCGACCUGCGCACAACGCGCACCCCACCACGUGCAGCGGGGAGCCCAUGGACCCGGAGGAGAUCGCCCGGAGAGAACUGGACCGGCUGGAGAAGAAGAAGCGGAAGCAGGAGCGCCGGCUGCUCAAGUCCCAGAACAAACUGCUGUCCGGGGAUUUAUUCCACACGCCGGGCUCGGACAGUGACAGCGGGGUGUCCCACGUCACCGACAGCGACCACAACACGUGCCCGCCCUUUGACUCUGUCAUGAGCAACCAGUCCAACCAUCAAGAGCCUCUCCAGGCGCAGAACCAAAGACUCCUGGACCGGGAGGAUGGCGGGUCCGAGCUGGACUCCCCUGACCCCAGCAGCCACCGCUCCACGAGCCUGUGCACGGGCAGCACCAGCAGAACCUCGAGCCUGCAGAAACUCAACCCCUUCAGCGUGGAGAGCCUCCUGUCGGACUCCAGACCGAGGCGCAGCCCGGCGGCCUUACCCCCCUCCUCGCGGCCUUUCAUAGGGAAGGGUCACUUCCUGCUCUACCCCAUCACGCAGCCGCUCGGAUUCAUAGUUCCUCAGACGGCCCUGAAGACCAGCACGGUGCACGGGGACAGCGACGCCCCCCUGGCGGCCUGCAGGAGCGGCUCGCCGGGACCCGAGGACGGGGCGGGUUCCCCGCACAUGAGCCCGUCCAGGGCCGCCUUAUCUGCCGGGACACACACCUCAGUGAUUUGCAGCGACUCCACUUUUGCCCACGAACACAGCCCACAGCUCGAAGCGGACAAAGCCGAGCGUUUGGUGAACGAGGAGCACUCUGACCCCCCCAGUGCCUGUCUUGCACUGCCUACAGGAGACCUGGAGUAA